AUGCCACAGAUAUUCCUAAUUGGAGCCACAGGCCGAACCGGCAAGCUCGUCCUCGAAGAAGCCCUGACCAGAGGCCAUGCCGUCACUGUCAUUGUGCGUAAGCCAAACACCAGCUUGCUUCAACAUGCAGACCUUAAUGUUGUUACCGGGGAUCCGUGCAACCCGACGGAUAUCGAAAAGGCUCUACGAAGCACCAAGUCCGGCGUCCCGGUAGUCAUAAUCAGCACCCUGGGCCAGACCAGAACUUCGGGAAAUCCAUGGGCGGCACCGACCUCGCCGGCUGGCUUCAUGAAAGCAUCAGCUAGCGCUGUGCUUGCAGCAGCCCAGGCGGUCGAGGGCUCCGUGCAGAUUGACAAACUUGUCGUCAUGUCCAUGUUUGGUAUUGGAGAUUCGUUCAAGAACCUCAAUUUUCUCCUGCGCUGGACCAUGCGCCAUUCGAACAUGGUCCAGACCAUUGAGGAUCAGACAUUGGUCGACGAGGCCGUCAGGAAAGGCCACUUGCCCUUUGUACUUAUCAGGCCGGCGCUCCUGACUGAAGGAGACGCUGCACCCGUCAAGGUUUACUCCAGCUCAGCGGAAGGCGUAGGUAUCAUGCCGAAAGUGAGCGUGAAGAGCGUCGCGAAGUUCUUGAUGGAUGCUGCUUCGAAGGGAGAUUGGGAUGGGACUUCGCCUGUCAUCACGAAUUGACAUUGUUGAAGAGUAGUUGUUAGUCUGUAGCAGGACGUGCACUGCAUCUUCAGGGGUGGAUGACGGGACGUGAUGUGAUGACGAUGGGGCUG